AACCAUUGUUAAAUGCUAGAGUUGACAAUUCGUUCAUUUUUGACAAACGAGUUUAAAUUUCCCGCGUCUUUUUAACUUUUUUGUGCUUUUUUGGGAGAGCUCCUGAUUCUUGUCCUGAUUGUAAUGGCCGGUUCGCCGGGUCGGUAAAACAUAGAAUAAUUAACUUAUUCUUCACCAGUACAUGUAAAAUACCGAGAAGAUUGAGGGAAACGAAGAACUCGAUUCUGCCAUGAGUCGUCAUGAAGGUGUGAGCUGUGAUUCUUGUUUGAUUGGAAACUUUAGGGGGCGACGGUACAAGUGCUUGAUUUGCUACGAUUAUGACUUGUGUGCAGCAUGUUACGAAGGAGGAGCUACUAAUACGAGACAUACGACAGACCAUCCCAUGCAGUGCAUCAUUACUAGAGCUGAUUUUGAUUUCUUUUACGGUGGAGAGGCACUAACAAGUCUCGAACUACCCCAGUCCUACACUUGCCCCUAUUGUUCGCGUAUGGGUUUUACAGAUGUAACUUUGCAAGAACAUGUAUCUACAGAUCACGUUGAUACUUCAUUUGAAGUCGUUUGUCCAUUGUGUGCCGCCAUGCCUGGUGGAGAUCCUAACUUAAUGACUGAUGAUUUUGCCGGACAUCUUACUUUAGAACAUAGGACUGGUCCUAGAGAUUUAAUUUCGUUUUUAGAUGAACCUGUGGGGACCCGUCAUAAUGUGAGGCGCAUUCCUCACAACGCUACCCAUAUGGGCAGAGGGGCGGCGGCACUGAGGCCGCGACGAUCCAACAUGCAUUUUAGUGUAUUCAGUUCUGGCGGUUUAUCUUCGCUCUCCCCCUCAUCAAGGGAAACCGUGGACCCGAUCGCCGAGUUGUUGUCCCAACUCUCAGGCGUCCGUCGUUCCGCCAGUAACACCAACAGCAGCACCCCGACGCAACUGCAACAGCUCCAAAUGCAGCUGCAGCUCGAGCGUCAGCAAGUCAACGCCGCCCGACAGCAACUCGAGCGCUUUCCCAGACGCCAGACGCAAAGCCAGACGUCUCUGCGCGAAUCGCACGGUUCGUCCAAUUCCGGAACUUCCACGCUGAUGCUCAACCCCAGCCCGGUGCUGAUCCAGCAGCCGCAAGCCAACGCGCCCGCGAUGCCCUCGCCUCAGUCGCAGUUCCUGCUGAUCGGGCUCCUGGAGGAGCUGUCGUUGCAGUCGACGAGCGAUUUGAGCAGGCAAGAUAGAAGUCAAUUCGUGCAGGAGCUGGUUUUGUCGUCGGCGGUGCAUAGAAGAGGCAGCAGGAGGGAUAGCGGAUCUCCGGACAAGGACGAGGAUUUCAAGGGCGAUGACGAGGCGAGCAAGACUGAGGCGGCGGCCGAGGAUAUGGCUGCGAGGCCGCUUAGACAAGGGAACGUGGUUUUAAGAGGAAGGGCUAGGUCUGAUGCUCAGAAUGCUAGAAGACGGGCGGAAGCCAAUAGGACGAGCAUUGAUCCAAAUGCUAAUGGAAGAAACGCCAGUGAUAGAUAGUUUAGUUAAUGUUUUGUUUAUUUUGUUAACGAAAUUUUGCUAUUUUUCAAUUUUUGCACUUGGUUUAGUCCAACAUUGCAGAUAAAAUUGAAUACUCUGCUUCAGGUGAAUUGUAGACAUGGCAGAUCGAUUUUACUUCCCGAGCGUAUUUAAUUUAGUACUCAGCGGCCACCCUGUAAGGGCACGGCUUGUCGACUAAGUUUUUCAUUUUAGUCAAUUUGUCUUCUUUUUGGUAAUUUAGUACUGUGUCAUUGUGUCAACUGACUGAUUCUUGAUGUCUAUUACUCUGUGUUUACGUCGCAAUAGAAAAUUUUCUAGUCAAGUUUAAGCAACGACAUAUUACUAAAUUUGUUCAGUUUGGCCGGAGGCCAUUUUCAUUAUUACUACGUGCUACUGUAGGUAAUGUUUAUAAUUCUUAUAUUCUUAAAAUGUUAAAAAUUGUUAAUUUAUUUAAAUAAAGUUUUGUUGAAAAUUUCAAUCACA